AUGCUAUUUUAAGACAAUUAAAGAUUCAGCUACCUAAAUAGAUUUAUAGGAAAUUACUUUACAGCUGGUGAAAAAAAUGUCAAAAAGUCAAAAAAACAGAGCGUGUUUAAAUUGGGUGAACCUAAAACUAAACUAAAAUGCUUCAAUGUUAAAAAUUUAGAGCUUGACUUUAGAUUAAACGAUAUUUCAAACUUGAGUACUUUUAGCUUAGCCUUACCAAGCUUUUAGAAUAUCUAGGUCUUAGAUCUCAAUUUGGGUGCAAAUAGGAUUAAAGACAAGGACAUUCCACUUUUAUCAUCUUCUAUAAUUAAAUGUGAAAAACUGUAGAAGUUGACUCUUGAUCUCUAAAUGAACAGUUUCAAAGAUUAAAGCUUAUCUAGUUUAGGAUCUGGCUUAGCUCAAUGCCCUAAUCUUUCUUACUUAGCCCUAGAUCUUAGGCUCAAUAAUUUUGAUGAUGCUGUUUAUUCUAGCUUAGGAUAAGCUUUAGCCAAAUGCACGUUGCUGUCUACUUUUAUAUUGGAUCUUAGGAGACUCAGUAAUAGAAAUGUAUAUAAAAUAGCUUCUGCUCUUGAUAAUAAAAAUAAUCUAAAGAACCUAAUUCUAAAACUUGACUAAAACAAAAUUGGAAAUGAUGGAGCUUAAUAUCUAUUCUCUUAAUUAGCUAAAUGUAUCAACCUUGAAAGCUUGACACUUUAACUUUCCUUUGUUAUGAUGGAAGAUUAAGUUACCUCUAGUUUUAGCUUUUGUUUCUAGAAAUUAACCAAUCUAAGACUAUUAGAUCUUAAUCUUAGUUACAAUAAUCUUAAAGGAGGCAAACUCGUCUCAAGCUUAGGUCAUGCUAUAACAAAAUUCAGUCACAUCACAACUUUGAAGCUUGAUUUGAAAUCUUUGAAUUUAGAGGAUGGGAAAUGCUUAACUGAUUUAGGAGUUAGAAUCGCUUCAUGUGAUAAUCUCUCAAAUUUGGAAGUUGAUCUUGAAAACACUUAUAUUGAAGGCUAUAACGUUUCGAUAUUUUUUUCAACUUUAAGCAAAAGUGUCAGUCUCUCAUGCUUGAAACUCUUCCUAAUGAGUUGCAAUACAGAAAAUGAUGAGUUUAUAAUUUAAAUCGCCAAAACUUUAGAAAAAUUAAAAAAUAUCUCAAAUUUAACUUUGGAUCUUGGGGAUAAUGAAAUUUAGGAUUAAGGUUUGAAUAAGUUGGCUUUAGCUUUAAAAAAAUGCCAAAAAAUUGAAUCUUUGACUUUAAAUUUGGAGUAAAAAAAUAUUUAUUCAUUCAUUUUAUAAAAUUAAUCAACCAAUAAUUAAAAGGAAUAAUUCAUUUGGUGA